AUGAAAACGGAGGAUUUCUCAUCAUGCUGUGCAGGCACAACAUUCGCUAACGAAAUGGCUAUGGCCUCUCCAUUCUCUUCAUUGGAACAUGCAAUUACAAUUACCAGAGACAUAUGGUACCGUAAGUUGAAUGUUAGGUCUUGGUUGGAGGCCAUAUCAGGACGAUCUUGUUCUAAUGAAUACUUGGAAACGGAACUUCAUGAAUGGGGAUCAAGGUACGAGGAGAAAUUAGGCUAUGUUUUUGUGACAUUUGUAGCUGGUAGGACAUCUGAAGACAUACUUGCUGAAUUAAAGAUGCGCUUUAAUAACUCGCAUGGUAUUGAGUUGGAGAUUACUUCAACAGAGGAAUUGAAGUAUAUAGAACGUGCUAUUAGAGAACUUCUUUCUAAGAAAUCUAUCCAAACUACCGACGAAGGAGAUGUGUCAGCUGAAUAUUCAGGCGAAAUAGUUGUUGACACUCUAGAUGGAGUAGACACUGAUUCAGAAGAUGAUUAG